AUGGCAUUCGUGAAUUCACUCGGACGAUGUAUUGUCAUUUUGACAUUACUUGUAUUACAAUGCCACAGUCAAACUGUCACAGCAUCGGCUCGUUUCAUGGGCUGGUAUGAACCACCAUCUUCGGACCCUCAGGAAAUGAAUUGCGGUACCGACCAGAAAUGGACGACCUCUGGAAAAUAUGGCGUAUGUUGCAAUACCGCCAAAACGUCUUGCCAGUUCCAGACGGCGUGUUCUUCCACUUGGGCUUUGGCAGAUAGCGGUGGCACUGAUAUUGCAUGCACUGGCACUAGCACUUGCUACUCAAUGAUGGUGGUUUACCCAACAGGAUCAGCAAUCUACAAUUACUUUUGCGGCCAAGGCUCAUGGCCUGCCGCGACCGUCUUUCGACAACUAGAUGCUACGACGACGACUACGAGCUCGAAGUCAUCAUCAACUUCGUCGACAACAUCAGCCUCCACUGGUGUACAGUCACUCACCACGGCUACGUCUACCACACCAAUGACCAGCACGGGCACCUCCAUCAUUAGUUCACCAACAUCUUCCGAGCCCGCUACAACUUCUGCAGGCCCAAGCACGGGUACAAUCGCUGGCGCCGUCGUCGGCAGUAUUGUAGGUGUGGCCAUUGUUGGUGCGCUGCUCUGGUUCCUCCUCCGGCGCAAAAAGGGUGGGAAUGGUGGUAGUCAUGCUCCUGGGGAAAUGGCCGCCACGCAUCCAUACCAGUCGCCGGUACGUGAAUCGGUGGCAAAGGUCGAACACGCGGGCUCACCGGAGCUCUAUCAGCAUCCGGUUGCGUACAGCGAUUCCCCGCAGGUUUACGAAAUGGGCGGGCAGGUUCAUGAAAUGGGCGGAAAUGUUCACGAUGUGGGUGGAAAUGUUCACGAGAUGGGAGGAGGUCAGGCGCCUCACUAUUAUGAAAUGGAUGCAUCGACUUAUCACGGAAGGUGA